CUGACUAAACCUUAAGUAGCCUUCUACAGCAUGUCUGGAAAGAGAAUUGUGCUUAAUCAUUAGCGGCUCAUAUUACCUAGAGAAAAGUGGUGCAAUGUGAUAGCCAUCAGUGCAUGUGCCAUACCCAAUUGUAAAGGCUUUCAAACGGUUAUGCUAUGAGAACUUGCAGGAUUAUUUUGACUGUUGACCACUUGGGCUGGACUCAAACUGCUUUCUUGUUUUCAUUCUCACUUAUCUGAACAUUCCAUAUGUCCCAUGUUUCCAUAGUAUUGCCUGUGAACCAUGCUCAGCCAUUUCAGCAAAUCGCUACCAAAUGGGGAAAAUGGUCAGUUAUAUUACAGAGCAUGACAUUUCCCCUCACGCUAGGGUUACUGGUGCAGAACGGGCCCUAACAGUAAGUCAUUCAGAGACCCCAUCAUGUGCUUUGCUUUGUGGCCUCAUCCAAACCACCGUCUCUUCCCUCCAAGCUGGAUUCCACACAUGCCACUUCUGUUUCCCCUGGCACAUGGCCACUGAGGCCAUCUUAGUGUCCUUCUGUGCGCUCACCGCCACCCUGCUCCACUGCGCUCUGCUCCUCUCUGCCCCAGCCCUCAUUUCAUUUUCCUAAAACAAAUUUCAGCCCCUGGUUAUCAUAGACUGUAACGUCUCUUACGUGCAUGCAUGAGAGGCAUGUGAGAGAGUGUUGUCUGUGGUUAAUAACAAGCAGAGCCACUAUAUUCGAACUGCUUGUAAACAAGGUUGACCCUGUCAGGUUUCUGUGGCUCUAGGCUUUGCUUCUGCCACACUUUUGCCUUCAGGAGUUUGCUCCUUUGACCCUUUAAGAGUAAUUAAAGCUGGUGGGGAAACUAAUUAGUUAAGCGUUGCUGCUGAACGGCAGUGCUGGCGGCCCCGUUGUUUUUUGUGUGUGGGCAGUGUUAAAACUCCUCACAGGGUCCCACUCUGCCCCAGUGAUUCAACCUUUCCCAGAACCCUUUCUGUCUUUCUUAAAACACUGGCCAGCUGUGUUCAGCCGAGUUAGGAUCAGGAGUCUUUAGCUCACUGGGGAUUGAUACCCUACUUAGCCAUAUGGCCCAUCACGUGCUCACCAGCCUGUGUCUCUUAGCAGGUAAUGAGAAACCACGACAAAAGACACAAAGAGGGUAGAAUGUGACAACUCAAAAUGGAUAAAAACAAACUCGGAGAGAUGCUUGUUUUCAAUUAGUGGUGCACUUUAUUAAUAAUGACAGGAAGAAAUGUGUGAGAAGAGUUGGGGGAGUCACAGUGGUUUGAGUUGGGUUGGAGUCAUGUCAUGAAAUUUUAUCCUGGAUUUCAAGUAUUUUGAAAACAAGAUAAUUGAGAUAAAGUGAUUAUUGUACCACAUUUAUUUUCACAAUGUGGCUUCUGUCCACAAUCACAGAUCUCCUCUGCUGGUCUCUUAACUUUUUUCCAUUUAUUUUCAUAUGAAUUUUCUUUCAAGUUUGAGGAAAUAAGCUCUUAAAAGUAAUGUUUUUAAGCUCAUUAAAUGUAUGAACCUCUGAAAGGGAUUGGUAAUUGUUUUAAAUGUUGGCGCACAUAUUGAACAAAUCUGAAUGUUGUUUUUCACCAUAAACGAGCAACCCAAAGUUUGAGCUUAGCUAGUUUAUCUAACACCCAUCUUUUUUGUUUUCUCCCUUUCUUGCCAUUCUCCUUCCUGUCACAACUUGUCACUUUCCUAAGACGUUGCGUUCAUUGCGUUAAGUCUGUUUUUGCAUCAUAGUUUUCUUCUUUUUCAGAGGGUUUUUAUUCACUUCUGACCUUUGAAAACAAUGCUAUACAUUGCAGAGAUGGGUCUGUUCCAGUUUUUCCACUGCUGGUGGGCUUUUUUUUCAAGCUAUUAAUAAAUCUGUUCAAAAUAGUUUCCAAAGUUUUCAAACAACACACCCUGUACUAUAAUAUUAUUCCAGCCUGAUAGAUGCAGUUUCCUCUUACUGUGUGGCUCAUAUCUGUAUUUUUCUUAGUUUGUGAUCAUAGGAAGUGAAAGCACAUGAACUAACUACCUGCGUGCCCAAUUUGUUACUCAUUGGCCGAGUCUUAUCACAUGUCAUGGGAAUUUUUUUUAAAAGUGUUUUAGUCUAGAGCUCAUCUGGGAAGUACCGAGCUCUUCAGAGAUAAACAUGCCAACUACUUUCAGUUAUGGCCAGGAAGGCGUGACUAACUGAUCUCUUUUCAUGAUGCAGCAGACAAAGGUGUCAUAUACCAGAUGGCUUAAAACAUCUGUCUUGAAUUUCACUUAGCUGUUUAAUGCAUGUGCAGGUCUGUGCUGUCAUUAACCAGGUAACAUGUGUGGGAGAUUUGACUCUAGAAAGUGUGUGCGACCUGAGUGUAUGUGUGUGGGCUCCCUCCAUGGAGGAGACCUGCUGAGGUUGGGAAGAUGUUAUAAGUCUGCAGAGGACACGUGACAGCCAGACAACCCAGAAAUGAACCGAGGUGGUUCACAUCAGGGUCGCAGCACUCUUUUGCCUCUCGUGCCACCCUGGGGUGUAUAAUAGACCACUAAUAGGAACAAAGGCUUUCUCUUAAAACCCCGCUAUCCCCUCAGUCAACUGAACGCUUUCUCUGAGCUGGAAGUGUAGGUAUGCUGACUAGAGAAGAACGCCCAAUAACUUGAAUGUGCCCUCUCAUUUAGCCCUGUAAUGAUAUAGCGGUGCACCAGCAAUUCAGUCAAAGCAUGUCACGUUGACAUUAGACACUUAAAAGUCGCCUUUCCUUGCUUUGGAUUUGUGAAGAUGCAGAAAAAUGCCAUUUUCUAUCUGAGUACCAGAGUGUACGCAGUUAUGUUCAAGCUUAUACCAAAGCUUCUACACAUCAAAGAGGAGUCGGCACAGCUGCUUUUACGAGUGUGCACUGACUUUACUUAAAGGGAUGUUGGGUUUCUUGUAGUCUGAUUUAUUUUCAGGAAGCCAGGGGACCAACUUUUAAAAAUAUUCCCCAUGAACUGACGAGAAGUGAAAAACGGAACUGGAAACGUUUUCUUUAAAUUUCUCUUUCACUUUGUGUUGGGAAUUUGUUGAAAGGGAUUUUUUCAAAAUUAACCACACACUCAAAAGCAAAAAGCAUAAAAAGGCUAAAAGCACAACCGGCUUCCCCUCAUAUAGUUGUGACUCACUGGCAGUGAAUCAUGUGGGAGAAAUCACCAGUGGGUUUAUUUAGGAAAUGAGGAGACGUCUUAUAGGGUCGAUAACGUUUUUAAGUUUUUUAAUGAGUCACACAUUGUGUGCCUGUUGACUGCCAGAGCAGAAGCUCCUUAUGCUUUUCAUCUCCUGCCACUGUGAGGAUGUAGCCACAACAUACAUACUGGACAGACUUGUUUCAUCUCUACACUCGUGGUGUGGGAUACUUCUCAAAGAUGGCAGCCAACACCUGGUUCUAAGGCAGCCAUGUUGGUGAAGGUGAACAGCAUGAGCCGCACCCAGCCCAACCCAGCAAUCCAGCAAAACCUCCAGCAAAAUAAAGCCAAUACCUUCACCCUCCACACCUCCUGCAACAAGGCCCAAGGGGGACAGUUCAGCUCUGCACAGGGAUAUAAAACAGCCCCUUCCGGCAAAAUGACAGGUGACACACGUCAGGCCCAUCACCUGAGAAAAGCCAGCAACGGCAGCUUUUGUUUGGUGACGUCAGACAGUAGCCAUCCCAGUCCACUCCUUCACAGGUCACAGACGAGCACACCACGCCCCGUCUCUCCCCAUUAUGGCUGCACUGCUCCAAUCUAUGAUGAGCCAGUUUCGGAGUGCCCUAUAUAUGAUGAACCCCCCACAGACAUGGAGGUGGAGGGGGCACACUUGUACAAUGGACAACUUCUGUCUCGUUUGACACCUACCCAUAGUCUCCAGAAACCCAGACUCCUCCAGCAACCUGCUUCAUCUCAUCCAGGGUCCAGACACAAGAGAAAUCCUUCUGCUUCCGACUACAGCCCAGCUGGCCUGGAGUGUAUCAAGCACAUGGUCAACGUGGACCCCAAACAGGGGCUUCUAUCCAGCUCUCCUGUGCCCACGCGUUCCCCUUCACCUACCUCCAGGCAAGACCCUGUAUUGACGCAGCCUCAACCGUAUCCACAUCCCCACACUCACUCUUUACAGCAGGGUCGAGGUCAGUUAAGGGACAGGGAACCAGGAACGCCAGGCCCAAGUUCACUGGACAAGAAACAAAGCUGGCGGGUCCUGGAGGCCACUGUGCAGCGCGCCAUGGAGGCUCGGCACAGCAGGCAGAGCAGCCAGGCCUCUCAGGACUUCCCCUCCUCGACCCCGCAGGCCACAGCAAACUAUCAAGACUCUGGUUACUCCACUGGCCCCUCCCCGAGUCUCAGGCGAAAGAGCAGGAGAAGGGUGGGAGCCGGUGGUGGUGCAGGAGGUAGGCCAGGGUCAGUAGGCAGCAGUGGGGAGCUGUGCGCCCUCAAUGAGAGGUUGAUGGCCGAAAUGAGGGAGGUGGUAAGUCGCUCCAACACAAUGAGAGAGGUGAGAGCAGGGCUGGAUCCAGAGAUGGGGGAGAGGGUUGUUGUAGCUCGGACACGCUCCCCCGCAGACUCACUUAGGUGGUACGGAGGAGGAGGGGGACGGGGGUCGGCAGGAAGGUGUGCAUCUCGAGAAGACCUCACUGGAGGCCCCCGGACAAUGAAAGGGGCAAGUAACUGUGACAACCCAGCCCUGACUCCUCUGGAAAUGCCAGGGAGGCAGAAAAGAACUUAUGAAAAGGUGGAUACCUUGGAGUUGAGUGUCAAUAGCCAGGCCAGCCUGUCGUCACCAGAGACCCCAGGACCACCCUCCCAGGCCAGCACCCUAGAGCUGCAGGCUCAGUUGGAGAGCAGAAAGAAAGGCAUGGUGGAUGGACGGACUGCUUCCCUGGGCCCCCACCGCCCCACCAACCACGACAACGCAGAAGGAGGUGAUGGUGCGGGUGGAAGAGUAGGAGGGUCUGCCUACCAACUAUCCUACGCCACCCUGCGGCAGCCCCCACCUCCUGACAUUGGCAUGGAGGACUGGGCCAGCAAACAUCUCAACAUGCACACACAGGGACUCUUCCGGCGCCGGGUCUCCAUCGCCAACAUGCUGUCUUGGAACCGCGGGUCCAUCAAAAAGCCCAUGCUCAUCACCAGCAAUCGCGCUGUCAGGAAGGAGGCCUGCGAGAUGUUCAAGCUCGUCCAAGCUUACAUGGGAGACAGGCCCUCACGUCUCGACCGCCGUCACUGCGCCCUGCUUAUCAUUACCAAGUGCUGGGACAUGCCGGGGCUGCGGGACGAACUGUACGUGCAGUUGGUGAGGCAAACCACAGGCAACUCCAGCCCCAGAAGUUUGGCAGCAGGCUGGGAGCUGAUGGCCGUCAGCUUGGCCUUCUUUGCCCCCUCCCCAAAGUUCCGCUGUUACCUGGAAGGCUACAUACAGAGACACACGGAGCCAACCAGCGACAAGAAAUGUGAGUCUCAGACUGAGCAGCAGGUGACCCAAUUCAUACUGGAACAACAGGAACUAAAGCUUAAGAAGAAUUCAAAGUCCAGAAAGAAGCGAAAACAGAAUACAGAGGAGGAAGAAGGCCUCCCCAUCAGCACCUAUGCCAAGUUCUGCCACCGGAAGCUGCAGAAGGUUGCAAUCACCGGUGGCAAAAAGGGUCUACGUAAGCCCACUUUGGAGGAGAUCGACCACAGCAGACGGGCUAUUGUCACUCCCUCCCUUUUCGGCAGUUCUCUGGAUGAGGUGAUGGAGCGGCAGAGUGAACUCUUCCCAGACAGGAAACUGCCCUGGGUGCAGGUUCAGCUUUCCCAGUACGUUCUCGCUCUGGGCGGAGCUCAGACAGAGGGCAUCUUCAGGGUUCCUGGAGAUAUUGAUGAAGUAAAUGCACUGAAGCUCCAAGUAGACCAGUGGAGGAUUCCAGAGAACCUCUCUGACCCCAAUGUUCCUGCCUCUCUGAUGAAGCUAUGGUAUCGGGAGCUGGAAGAACCCCUCAUCCCCAUGAACUUCUACAAGCAGUGCGUCACUAACUGCGAUGACCCAGUGGCGGCCAUUGCCGUUGUGCAAUCUCUGCCUGAGCUCAACCGGCUCGUUCUCUGCUACUUCAUCCACUUCCUGCAGGUAUUCGCUCAGCCAUCCAAUGUCGCAAUUACCAAGAUGGAUGUGAACAACCUGGCCAUGGUGAUGGCUCCCAACUGCCUCCGAUGCCAGUCCGACGACCCACGGAUCAUCUUCGAGAACACCCGCAAGGAGAUGUCCUUCCUGAGAAUGCUCAUCGUUCACCUGGACACCAGUUUCAUUGAAGGGGUGGUGUAGAGGUUGCAAAGCACAGAGAGUGCACCUCAGGGGCUGAUCAGCCCUCAAACUUCUCCAGUUAUACAUUAGAAGCAUGCAAAAAUACUGUCUCUCUGUUCAGACCGCACUGGAAACUGUUGAGGUGAUAUAUUAAACUUCUUACAACACAAGGAGUGCGAAAACCGCUUUAGCUGGGACUUUGAGCCCUUGUGCUCUCCUGCUUUCUUACUGAAAGACGAACACACCACCUUAGGAUUCACUGAUUUUGAUACUAAAAUCCACAGUGACUGCUUACAAGUGGUUCACUUUAAUGACUGUAUUUUCUAACCGCUGCAUGUGAAGAGGUUUACCUUUAUUUCUUAUCUAAUUGGUAGAACUAUAGUUACAUGGGACAACUGGGCUGUGCAAAGUACAAACUUAGUUUCAGAAAUUCCUUACUUGCACAAAAAAAACAUAAGGCAGCAGUGUUAACGCUCUGCCUUUUUUUUCUCCUCUCCCCACCCCUCUGGUUGAUUUUAUUCAAGCGUGUGUGCGUGUGUGAUUGUCAGCGUGUGAACAAAAGGCACAGCCUUCUAUUAUGUACAGAAAAUUGAACAUAUGAAAUGUAAAAGAGAUCUUGUAAUGGUGUCUUGUUAAUAAGCUUGCCUGUGCUGUUUUGAGUAGUCGUACUGAUAGCCGGUCUCCUCGUAUUUAAUUUUACGAGGCAUAUAAAGCCACUCCACCGCAAUUAUUCUGAUAGACUACAGAGGCUUCAUUUCAAAGCACAAACUAGAGGGAUGUGCAGAAAGCUCUUGAUAAUGGAUGUUGGCAAUUUUCUAAGCAAAUAAACAUGGAACUACUUUGAUUUUUCCAAAUUCAAACGAUUGCCUAAGCCAGGCGGGAGUGUUAAUUCUAAUUACAGCUCACGCUGUAACAACGUGGGAGGCUGGUUAUUCAACUGAUAAUACACUCUAUUAUCUGUAAGAUAAAUUUCAAUUGGAAUCAAGUUCUCUUGUGUUUGUGGUCCCUAUGUUAUGCUUUUUUUUUUUUUGGCUCAGGUCUUACUAUAAAACGGGUGUUCGAUGUGAGAACUGUACAUGGCCUCUCUCUUUCUCUCUCUCACAGACUGAAAAUUUGAUUAACCUUAACACAAGCCUCCUUCGCUGAAUAUUGAUUUAACUGUCAAGUGCUAUGAGAAUGUAAACUGAGCUUUUUUGUGCCCCUCUUUAAGGCUUUGUCGAUGUAAAUAUUUUACAUGUAAAAUAGUAGUAACUUCCUGUAAGUGUAUUCUAAUGGUCUGGGUUAUGGUUGAGCUUAACUGUUGCUGUAAAAGAGCAAUAAAAAAACUUUUGUGUUGUAAUUAACUGAUCAUUUUUCUGCUGUAACCGCUCAUCUUACGAACAUAGGAAUGAUUCAAACCACUUUCCUUGUACAUGCGUGUAUGUGUGUUGGCAUACUUUCUCAUCGUAAUAAGGAAUGAUUGUCCAUGAAUAAAGAUUUGUUCAAAAUUACUGUUGGA